AUGAAUAAAUUAAUAAAUACUCUUUUAAUAUCAUUUUUAUUUAUUAAUUUUUGUUUUUGCAUUAAAGUAAAAUCAAAUAAAGAUAAUAUUUACGAUACCAAUAAUUCUUUAUUAAAUUUAAUAGUUGAUUCAAAUAAAUUUAAUAUUUAUCCAGUUGGUGGAGAAUGUGGAGGUAAUAUUUCAUUUUCAUGUAAUAAUAUGGCUGAUGCAUUAAAUUAUGCAAAUACACUUUCUGGAGAUGUAAGUCAAGUUGGAUUUUUAUUAGUUGAUGGUAUUUAUGAUUUCUCAAAUAAUAGUAUUCAAGUAUUUGGUAAAACCAUUGGAAUUGCAUCAUUUACUCAAGGUUCAACCAAUGUAAUUGUUAAAGGUGGAAAUAAAAAUAAUUUACCAUUGAUUAAUGUAGAUGAAAGUAUUAAUAAUGUUGUUGUUGGUAGUGGUAAUGGUAUUACAACUGGUGUAUCAAUUUAUGAUAUUACAUUCCAAGAUUGUACAUCACCAAUCAUUAAUGUAAUUGUAAACUUAUCAGUUGCAAGUAUUGAAUUUGAGGGUUGUAAUUUUAGUAAUUUCUCAACAAAUAUUCAAAAUGUGUCAUUGAUUAAUGUUUGGUCAAAUGUAACUAAAACUUAUCCAGCUAGUAUAUCAAUUACAAAUUCAUAUUUCACAGGAUCUAGUGGAAUUAAUAAUAGUUUCCCAGUAAUUUCUAUAUCGGCAACUACAAUCACUUUACAAGGUUUAACAACUUCCAAUAUAUCGGCUCAAAGUUUUAUAUCAUCAAUUAAUAGUUUCAUUACUCUUUCAUAUAGUAAUUUUGGAUCUGUUGCAACUCAAUAUGGUGUAUUUAAAAUUCAAGAUACAACAUUUAAAUCAUAUGGUACAGGUUUCUCAAAUUGUGAAUCAUCAGUAUCUGGAAGUAUAUUGACAUCAUUAACUACAACUGAUAGUAAUUAUUUUAGUUUUCAAAAUUGUCAAUUUAACUAUUGUUAUUCCAAAAAUGGUGGCUCAAUAUAUGCAUCAAAUAUUGGACAAUUCCAACCAACACUUAGUAAUAUUAAUAAUUGUAGUUUUAGUGGAAGUUAUGCAUCAAAUAGUGGUGGUGUAGUUUAUUCAAUUAAUACUCCAUUGAAUUUUAGUAAUUCAAAGUUUAUCCAAUCAAAUUCUGCUUUUAAUAGUGGUGGUUUAGUUUAUAUUGUUAAUUCAACUUUAACCAUCCAAACAUCUACUAUAUCAUCAUUGAAUUCAAGUACUCAAUGUGAUGGAUAUUUGGUUAAUACUCAAGGUUCAAAUGUUUUCAUUACAAAUAAUACCAUUGGUUUAAUGAGUGGUCCACCAGCAAUAUCUUGUUCAUCAAGUUUUGUUAAUAUUAGUGGUAUUAGUUUUAUGGGUACAACUUCUCAAAUAUCAGUCACUUGUAACAAAUGUAAUAUUCCAAACUUUUGUGGUAAUGCUGAUGGUACCAGUACUGGUACAACAUCAUUCCCUACAUCAUCCUCUCAAUCAAGUACAACCGGUGGCUCUGCUACUGGAGGUUCAACUACUGGUAAACAACCAUUUACUGUUUCUUCUUCAAGUACUACUGAUGGUUCAACUAGUGAUUCCUCUUAUUUAAAGUCUUUUAAUUUUAUUUCAUUGUUCUUCAUUGGUAUUGCAUUAUCAUUCAUUCAUUAUUAA